AUGACGACCAAAUUCGUUUUGCUCGUUUUGGCUCUUGUAGCCUCGGCUGCAUGCUUGGAAAGGUAACUUUUUAUUAAAAAUAUUUUUAUUUAGCCAUUCAAUUUUUGUCACUUUAGAAUCCACUUCCAAAGACGUACCUUCACCCGUGAAGAAUACAAUUUUGAAAAAAUCGCCAAGCACUUGAGAGCUAAGCAUGAUCGCGCUUAUGUUCCAACCAGUGAAGAUGCAUACAACGAGGGACUUUCUGAUUAUUCAAAUGCUCAAUAUUACGGACCAAUUCAUAUUGGAACACCAUCCCAAAAAUUCAUUGUUCUUUUCGAUACCGGAUCUUCCAACUUGUGGGUUCCAUGCUCAAAUUGUCCACUUGGAAAUAUUGCUUGCCAAAUGCACAAUAAAGUGAGGAGAUCUCUAGAUUUUUCCGGUUUUUUAUGAAUCCUGUUUUUUUCAGUUCAACUGCAAGAAAUCAACCACCUGUACCGCUACUGGAGCCACUUUCGAAAUUGCUUACGGAACCGGAUCAAUGAAAGGAGUUGUUGAUAACGAUAUUGUUUGCGUAAGUUUUUCUAGUUCUAUAGGAACAUUCGGAUAGAAAUCCAGAUAUUAUUUUAGUUCGGAAAUGAUAACACUAUGUGUACCGAUAAGACCCAAGGAUUGGCCUGCGCUGAAUCUGAGCCAGGAAUCACAUUCGUUGGAGCUAAAUUCGAUGGUAUCUUCGGAAUGGGAUGGGAUAGAAUUUCAGUCAACAACAUUUCUCAACCAAUGGAUCAAAUUUUCGCCAACUCAGCUCUCUGUCCAAAUCAAUUGUUCGCUUUCUGGUUGAACAGAGAUGGUAAUGAUAUGGCUAACGGUGGAGAAAUCACACUUUGUGAUACUGAUCCAAACCAUUACACUGGAGAUAUCGCUUGGGAACCAUUGUUGUCUGAAGAUUACUGGAGAAUCAAUUUGGGAGGAGUUAGCAUUGAUGGUGAAUCGUACACUACUGGAAACACUGACUCGAUUGUUGACACUGGUACCUCACUUCUUACUGGACCAUCAAGCAUUAUUAAGAAGAUUCAAAAGAAGAUCGGAGCCACUCCAUUGUUGAACGGAGAAUACGAGAUCGCUUGCAGCAAGAUUCCAACUCUUCCAAACAUCACUUUCUCACUCGGUGGAAAAGACUUUGUUCUUCGCGGACAAGAUUACAUUCUUCAACUUGCUAAUGGAAAUGGACAAACCACAUGUCUCUCUGGAUUCAUGGGACUUGAUAUUCAAGCACCAGGACCAUUAUGGAUUCUUGGAGACGUGUUCAUUGGAAGAUUCUACUCUGUUUUCGAUCACGGAAAUCGACGAGUUGGAUUGGCCACAUCGAAAAACAGCGCUUAA